GGAGGCGCGAGGGCCGGCCGAGGGGCCAUGGAAAGCGAAACACCACCGGCCGCAGCAAGGCGGAUCGGGUGAUAUCAUGCCAAUCAAAUAACAAGCCAGAGCUCGCGUCGUCUCGAGAGAGCGAGCACCAGACGAAAGCAAGCCACACGAUCAUCAGCUCACCUCGCACCUCGCCUUCUUCCCCUCCACCCCACAAGCCAAGAACAAGAAGCAGAUAGCUCUAACUGUUCUGACAGCCAACCAGCAGCCUGCAGGUGAUCUGAACAGCAAAAAGGAGGAGCCCUCAUCAACCGUCACCUGCUAGAAGCAAGGCAGGAUGUCGGACUGGGGCCCCGUGGUGAUCGCGGUGGUGCUGUUCGUGCUCCUCUCGCCGGGGCUGCUCUUCCAGCUCCCCGGCCGCUGCAGCUUCGUCGACUUCGGCAACCUGCACACCAGCGCCGCCUCCAUCGUCGUCCACUCCAUCAUCUUCUUCGCGCUCAUCGCCAUCUUCGUCAUCGUCAUCGGGGUGCACAUCACCACCGGCGACCAGCCUGCCUACUAGCUACCUGAUGAUUGGCUCCUCCGAUCCAUUGCUGGAUAUGUACUCACUGCUAUAUAUAUGUAGCCACACAAUCUUAUGAUUUUACUUCUGUUUCUCAAUUGUUCUUCCUUUCUUUCUUUCUUUGCAUGCAUGGCUCUCUCUGUCCUUGAGAAAUAUACAUAAACUGCUUCUUUUCUUAUUUGCCACAAUUAAGCUGGUCUAUAUGUUGAUUGAUUUACAUGCAUGCGUACAUGUAAACUACUAGAAUGCCAUCAUGUAUGCUCCACAAAGCUUGUGCCAGGCCCCAAUAAAUAUGUAAGGUGUACAUGUAAAA